GAGCUAGGGAUAGGAUGGUGGUUAGGAGUAGACUCUGUGUGAGGAUUAACAACAAAUGUGAUGUUAUUUAUUAAAUUAUUAUUCCUGCAGUGCCUUCUUAGUUGUAUAAGAGGACUACAGGAAGACAAAAGUAGAGAGGAAUUUCAUACUUAUGACGUGACGGUACCUUAUAUAAGAGGACUGCGCUAUCGCAGGGAUACAGGGACAUUACUUCAUAAUGGUCACAUGAAAAAGACGGAAUUAGCCUUCACGGCGUUUAAUCGAAAGAUCGUUGUUGAUCUACACCUGAACAGUGAGCUGAUCUCUGAAAAGUAUAUUGAAAAACAUUUUGAAGGUGAAAGAGAGGUGAUCCACCGACCACGAGAUCAUUCAUAUACCCACUGUUACUACCAUGGGAGGGUACACGGCAUUCCAGAAUCGAUCGUUGCGCUCAGCACGUGUGACGGUGUCAGCGGUAUGGUUGACACUGGCCAUGAAAUCUACUACAUCCAUCCCAUGAAUGAGAGCAGCCAUGGCAAGCAUUAUGUGUUCAGAGAAGUGGAUAGGAAGGAGACCAAUUCCUCAUGUGGUGUGGAAGACCAUGGUUCACCCCACAUGGCACAUCAAAUGGGCAGAGAAGUUCAUAAUCAUAUAAGAAUGAAGAGAAGUAUACAUGGUCCUUAUGACAGCAACUCCAAGAGUCGAUAUGUUGAGUUGUAUAUCGUCAACGAUUUAAGACAGUAUGACAACUUCAAGAGAGACAAAUACGCUGUGAUAGCAAGAACAAAAGAAGUCAUCAAUAUAGUUAAUGCACUAUAUCGGCCGUUGAAUAUCUACAUUGCCCUUGUCGGGGUGGAGAUAUGGACGAGUACGGAUCGUAUUUAUGUUGUGGAGAAUGCGGAGAAGACCAUGAACAACUUCCUCAAAUACAGGAAGGAUUACAUUAAUCCAUAUCAUAAAAACGAUAAUGCUCAGCUUCUUACGGGUGCUGUGUUCAAUGAUGGAGUCGUAGGUAAAGCCGUGAAGGGUCCUAUUUGCACGUAUCAAUACUCUGGUGGAGUCAACAUGGACAAACACAGCUAUGCAGAGACCACUGCGUCUACUGUCGCCCAUGAAAUGGGCCACAACUUCGGUAUGGAACAUGACAGUAGUGCUUGCAUGUGUCCUGCCGUACAAUGCAUUAUGACAUCAGUCACCAAUGGCGGUAUGAACCCGAUUCGAUGGUCAUCGUGUUCCAAACAAUAUCUCGCUGAUGCAUUCGAAGCGGGCAUGGACUACUGUCUGAUGGAGAAACCAACGCGGAUAUACGACGGACCGAUCUGCGGGAAUAGUUUCGUGGAGCCUGGGGAGGAGUGUGAUUGCGGUCUUGAAGAGGAGUGCGAGAGUGUCUGCUGCAAUCCCGCCACGUGUAAACUCUUCAGCAAUGCCACGUGUGCCACCGGAUCCUGUUGUGAUCAGACGAAAUGCCAAUAUAAGAAAGCAUCGACCAUGUGCCGUCCCCGUACAAGUGAGUGCGAUCUGCCCGAGUAUUGCCUCGGCUCAUCAGAAUAUUGUCCAGAAGAUGUUUUCGUUCAGAAUGGACACUCGUGUAAUUACAAAAGAUCAUAUUGCUUCAACGGUUCAUGCAAUAGCCAUGACAGCCAGUGCCAGAAACUCUGGGGGCGUACGGCCAAGAAUUCUGACAGUCUCUGUUACACCAUGCUAAACCCAGAUGCGAACGCAAACGGAAACUGUGGAUUUCAUUGGAUUAAUAUGUCAUUCACAAAAUGUGCAGCAAAAGAUGUAAAUUGUGGCAUGCUUCAUUGCGUCCACCUCAACGAAAAGUUAGAAUUCUGGAAGGAAGCCAACACCUAUCUUAUGCCGGAGACAUUCAUCACGUCUGCUCAAGGAAAAAAGAUUCCAUGCAAGUCGGCCAUCAUGGAUGUUGGGUUUGAUAUGCCAGAUCCUGGGAUGGUGCCUUCAGGAAGUAAAUGUAGUGACGGGAAGAUGUGCUUGAAUCACCAGUGCCAGUGGAUCACAGACCUGAAGUUUCCCAAGUGUUACAUGGGCUGCAGCGACAAUGGUGUGUGUAAUAGUAAAGGGAACUGCCACUGCGACGCAGGAUGGGCAUCACCGCUGUGUGAUCGAGCUGGCAGCGGUGGGAGCAUUGACAGCGGCCCUGCAGGAGACUAUGACGAGCCACAAAAACAGGAUCCAGGUAAACAAAACAACUCAAGAGGAAAUAAUACGUUAUCAGACAAUGGCGAAAUGUCUCAAAGUGACAAGUCUCUCAUGAUCAGCCUCCUCAUCAUCUUCCUUGUCAUCCUACCGCUCAUCGUCACGCUCGUCGCCUUCAGUUACAAGUAUAGGAAGUUCCUCAUCCAGAUGUGGAGGAGGAGGACUUACAUGGCCAAGCCAUUCCAAAAGGCAAGCGUGGUCAUCCGCAGGAGCGAUAGUUCUGCCUCAAACUCUGCAGGUCGCCAAAACGUCAAGCGUACAGCGAGCUUACCACGGGGGAGUCUGCCAAGAGAUAUCUCGGCACCCGUGUUCCAGAGCACGACCAUGAAAGCAGCCAAUGAUAAGAUGAUGGAUAUACCUAAUCCGGAAAUUAGGACUGGCGGCAAUCGUGGAAAUGGGCCGUUGAUUUCACAUCCGUUGCAGCCGCCGGCAAGGCCCGCGCCGGAUGUGCCCUCUAUAGACAGCACAUCUGUACACUUUUCAAAUCGUCCUGUUGGUCUUAGUCGACCAAUUCCACAAACUCGGAUUAAUAAUAAUGUACAACCUGAUACGAUAGAUGAAAACAGGAUGUAUGAGAAUGAGUUUAUUAAGAACACUACGCCAAGUUCGAUUCAUCGCAAUGAGCCUGAUGGAACAGUGACAAGUAGUAAGCCGACACCAGUUAGGGCAACUUUUGGAAAUUCUUCUGCAGCUACGAAGCCGCCUAAUUCUGCAGUAAAUUCGCCAUUAAAACCUAAUAACAAUGUGAAAGGUGAGACACCUGGUGGAAAGACUAGUGGUAAUAGCAAUAUUAGACCUGGACAAGCGCGUGGACCUUUAGGUGCUUUAACCACAGAUAGUGCGGCACCUAGUCGGGUGGCCCCAGGGAAGCCUGGCAGUGCUGGUCGAGGGGCUUCACGGGGUGGAGCCGGGCGAGGGACAUCCGGACGAGGUGGAUCAACAGCAGCAGGGUCUAAUCCAGUGACAGGCAGAGGUGCAACCCCUAACCGGGGUGGUGGGGUCACCGGCCAAGGUGGUACUGGAGCUAAUAGAGGAGCUGCAGCUGCCAGUCGUGGUGGUUCAGGCCGGGGUACCACGGGUGCAGGCCGGGGUACCACAGGUGCGGGACGGGGCUCAUCCCGGCCUGGGACUGCAGGAUCACGGGGGCCAGGGUCUGCUGGUUCCGCAGCAAAUAAGCCUGGAGGAGGAUCGAAGGUUACACAGCUUGCAUCAAGAUUCAAAGACCAAGACAAUGCCUCUAAUAACCGACCAAACUUGCCAGCUAAGCCUCGAGGGGGUAGAGGAAACGUCUGUUGAUAUUAGUGCUUUUUGUAGAUGUUAACCCUUUGGAGGCCAACGAAAAUACUUAAUCCGGGCGGAAGCUCAUUUGCUGCUGGGUCUGAUUUUGUGGGUUUAUCCUUGACCAUGUUGUCACCAGGAGAAUAUUUAGUGUGCCUGAUUACCCAUACUUUUUUGAUGCAACAUCAAGUUUGCCACGCAAUUAUUAUGGCUGCAGCCAUAUCCUCUUUUGCCAGUUUUGUAACCAAUGCCAGUUUAUUUGAUUUCCCAAUGAAAAUGACAUAACUAAACUCCAGGUUGUUGGUAGUUGGCAAUGUAAGUUGACACACUUUCCAAGUAUACUCCUAGCUCAACAGCGAAUGAGUUAAAAAUGAGAGAAAUCAGAUCUGAUCUGCCUGAAAAAGUCACUGAUGAAACAAGUCAAGGAUGUAUUCAGGAUUUAUUGUAAUAUUUAACAUUUUAGGAACUCAAGAUUCUACUGAUAGUAGGGCCUUUUGUUAGUGGCUUCAGGGUCUGUUGCUGAACUUUCUGAAGUCGAAAAUAAUAUGGUCACAGGUUUGUCAAAGGUCUGCAUCAGCAACACCAGACCCAAUGAUUUAUUUUUAAAGCAAUGCUUCAAGGGCGCCCUGAUUUGAGGGAUGUUUUUUGCAAUUUAAGUGCAUAAUUUAAGUAGUUAAACAGUACUGUUAUUAGUGUAAUUGAAUUAUGUAAAUAAAGGGCAUCAUCCUUUAAGAAUUGUUUGGCUAUACCUGUAUGUAUGUUCAAAAUAAGGAAUAGCCUGGAAAUGGUUCUGAAAGGAUCAAUCGUAUUUAUAUUGUGUUCAAGCUCUGUGUUAUAUUUCCAGCUUUGUAAUUAGUAAAUUAAUUAUUAGUGAUUUGCAUUGAUGAUUUAAAUGUGUAAAUGCAUGAUUGUUCUACCAUUCCAGUCAUACCGGACUUUGUGAUCGGUAUUUGCAUAACAUGUAGUUAUUUGAGAAACUAAGGACACAGUAGGCCGCAGCCAAGUCCAUAUAAUCCUCCUCCAGCCUUCUUCAAUCAACACCCUCCUUGCUAACACUGAUACAAGCAAUGUGCAUCUAAUAACCUUGAAUGACAUGGUGUCAGACUUCUUAGAAGGAUUGCAAAAACACUUUGAAACAAGUUGAGAGUCUGAGGUUAUAUACUAGGUAAACUCUAUAAAAUGUGUUUGCGUAUCUAUCUGGAUAAUCCUUGGAACUUUUGGGUAGAUCAGACCAAAACAUUGAGAGGGAUAUAGACUUGAAUGAAGGCCACCUGUCUCCACUUUUCUGAAACGAUAUUUUUCUGCGACCUUUGUAAUGAACUUUUUUUAUGAGGCAUCGUAGUGCAGGAUUUAAGUCCUGUCAACCGAGUUUUAUAAAUUAGGUGAUUAUAUAUAACUCUCAGCACAUUAUGAUAGGUAGUCUCUGAAAUGUUUUCAGUUCCAGUUCAAUAAGCACGGAUAACUUUAGUGAUAUUCCCUGAACUUAAGGUCGUAGGAGAGGGCAUAAGUCUUCUCGAGACCCAUGGGAUAUAAACAACAGGGCUUAACCAUGGGACUGAGCUUUCUUGACACUAAUGUGCUUAUUUUUGAUAGAACUACCUCUGGAAUAUGUUGGAUACACUCACUUUCAAGAUAAGUAUGCACCUCAAAAGGGCAGGUUGCUGUGAUAUCUUCAAAGUGAGUGUAUCCUUUCAAUACAUUUCCUAGUCUUCCCUUACGGCAUUUUAUCGUUUCCAAUUUUAAAGAAAUUGUAAAUUUAUAAACUUAAAAGUGCUUUAGGUGGGCUUGUAGGCUUCAUAGCUGUAAUAUUGCAUUCUGGCUACAAAUGUACUGAAUUACACUUUCGAAAGCUUGGCACAUAUUAAUAAAGACAGAUACAUUGUAUUUACUUUUAGAGCUCUAGAAAGCUUUUAGGCUUUGAUGUCAGUCGGUCCAGACAGGCCAAAAGGUCAUACUUGCACUAAUGCAGUAAAUCAUUGCUUGUUCAGUUUGCAUAAUUUAUAAAGACACCAUGCUGUACAAAUGGCACUGUAUAAAGUUUCCUAAGAGAAAGAUACUGCAUGAAGUAUAGAUCUAUACUUGAUUUCAUUCUUGCUUAUUGGGAUGUGCUUAACUUAACUCUAAUUGUUUAACUUCAUGAUGAAAUUGACGCCUUAUCAUCUGCUUGUGCCAAAACUCACAACUCUCCACAGUGACAUCACUGUUUUCUUCAUCGUACAUGAGCACUUCGGAAUGAACUGUCAUUUUGCCAUUGUUUAAGAUUUCAAAUGUAUGUCAGUCAAAGACACGCCCUUCCAUAGAUGUUGCACAAGUUCGAAUUCCGGUUGUAUUUGAGGGACUAGUAAACAUGAACAGCUCAGUGCAAUUAUGUCAUCUAUGUGUAUUUGUUUACGUCGGUGAAGUCAACUUUGAUUGGUGAGGUCAGUGAUGUCAUUUUGAUUCUAACAUAUUUCAGUGACAUCUGGACAUUACACGAUAGUGGAUAUUGGGAGUUCGUUAUGGAUUUUUGAUAGACAAAGAAUGUCUUGUCGGACGAGGUUUAAUUGGAAAUAUCGCGUGAUUUAUUUUCAUCUUCAUGCCACCUACUCAGCAAGAUUUUAGUUUCAAUCUCGAGAAUCGAGAUUGGAAGGGAAGUGGAACCUGUGGUCCUACUUGGUCAUGUUCUUACUUGAUAAUUUGUGUUUUGUAAUGAAAAGUAUGAUCGUGCUCUGGUUUAUUUUCUUCAAUUGGCGAAGAUGGCGCCCAAAGUGUUUAUUUGUCAUUUGCUGUUGAGUGACUAGUUCUAUGUUGUAUUUGCCAAACAUUACUGGUGCUUCUCUCCGUCGCUAUUUGAAACAAGAUGUAGCUUGAUAGUUCGAUGUUAUUGCAAAUUUGAAUGAUGUUUGUCCCAUUUGUUGCAGAGGAAUGAAAUUUCUGUUUUCGUGGUGAUCGCCUUCAAGUUAUAUUGUAGAAUCUGGUAUCCUUUGAUAGAGGAGCAGCAUGAGAUAUUGUUCACCAGGCACUGAUGAUAAUUAGGCCUACAGCUUCUCCAUAUAGGGGGUGCUUCAGCUGUACAUCAGCAAGUGCACACAAAACUGUCAUACAUCAGCAAGUGCACACAAAACUGUCAUACAUCAGCAAGUGCACACAAAAGCUGUCAGAGAAAAUUUGUGAACAUUUCUGAUGCAUGUGGAACCAAAUGCUCCCUGGUCUAAGCCAUGAUGAAUCUCAAUCGUUGUAAAAUAUCAUUUUGUAUCAAAAUCUGAACACUUUUUGGAAAGGGGGCAGGGCAUGUUUGGAUUCAAAUCAAGAAGAUCGGAUGCUAUAUGAUAUCGCAUGUUGAUUAAAAGUGUUGAUGUUGACAUAUUUGUGUAGUAACUGCAAAACUGAUUAUAUUUUGAGUAAGGCAAUAAAAGUCAAGUUGCAACUAUAACCAUGAAGAGCUGUUAUGGGGCUUUAUUGGCUCGGGGGAUGGGGGCUAGGGUGUCCAGGAACAGUACACCUGCCAGUUCAUUGGGUGAUAUGAAUAAAGACUAGCAAAUGCUUUUACUCCGGUUUUGUACAGGAAGGCCUGGUGUAAAUGUACAUGGAGAUUUAGAUAAAAGCAUUUGCUAGUCUUUAUUCAUAUCACCCAAUGUUCAUGUUUUUAGACACACUGUGUUUGUUUACAUGGAAUCUGAGUUUCUCUUUUGAUUAAGGUCUGUUUUUGGGAUUUCUAUUAUAAGUGGGUUGGUUUGAAAUAUUUAUGUAUCGGGUGUAAAGAAGUGCCACUAUUGAUACCCAUAACUUGUCUGUAGCAAGGUUUCGCAGUAACCUAAGAACUUUCAAGUCAGUUUAUUGUAUGUUUGAUGAUGUUCCUCAAAAAAUGAAAUUUUUAUUUGCCCAGUAGGUCACUUAACUUAUUCACUUAUAUAGGACCUUUGAUGUGAAUGUGAUGGACAUUUUCAAUAGUGGCAGUUUUUUUUACCCGUUUGGGAUACUCGUCAGCUUGCGAUAACAUUUUUGUAAAUUUUGCAGUCUGUAAUGAAGAGGUCCACUGUUAAAAGUUGUGUUAGCCACGGAAUUGAUAUGAUGCAGAAUACACGUCAUUUGUAAGAA